AUGAGUGCAGGUAUUGCGAAGCCGGCGAAUCCGUCGGCACAUGUCGACCCGAAAUCAGCUCCUCUCAAAGAAAUCCCAGAUGUCCUGGUUGACCCACGCACCAUGAGAAGAUACGCGAGGGGAAAAUUCCUCGGAAAAGGUGGUUUCGCCAAAUGCUACGAAAUAACAGAUGUGGAGACGAAGCAGGUUUUCGCCGGGAAAAUAGUGCCAAAGUCCCUGAUCUUGAAGCAACACCAGAGGGAGAAGAUGUCAUCUGAAAUCUCCAUUCAUAAGAGUCUUAACCAUGCUAACGUCGUCGGUUUUCAUGGGUUUUUCGAAAACGACGACUUUGUCUUUGUUGUCCUGGAAAUCUGCAGAAGAAGGUCUUUGUUGGAGCUGCACAAACGUCGUAAGGCUGUGACUGAGCCUGAGGCUCGCUACUACAUGACCCAGCUGCUCAAUGGUGUCCAGUACCUGCACAACAACAGAGUCAUCCACAGGGACCUGAAACUGGGCAACAUCUUCCUCAAUGAUGACAUGGAAGUCAAAAUAGGGGACUUUGGUUUGGCCACUAAGAUCGAGUUUGAUGGCGAAAGGAAGAAGACCUUGUGUGGAACGCCCAACUACAUUGCACCUGAAGUGCUUUGUAAGAAAGGCCACAGCUACGAAGUGGACGUCUGGUCGCUUGGAUGUAUAUUGUACACUUUGUUGGUGGGUAAGCCCCCAUUCGAAACUUCCUGUCUGAAGGAGACCUACAAUCGAAUCAAGAAAAACAACUACACGAUCCCCUGGCACAUCAACCCAGCCGCAUCCGCUCUCAUCAAGCGGAUGUUGCAUGCUGAUCCCGCCCAAAGGCCCACCAUCACUGAGCUGCAAGCGGACGAGUUCUUCACGUCCGGCUACAUCCCCAUACGCCUGCCCACUACUUGCCUCACUGUGCCCCCGCGGUUCUCCAUUGCCCCCUCCACAGCUAUGGAGCUCAGCCAGAGACGGCCACUGACUGCUAUCAACAACAAGGGAGGGACAGAGAAGGUGGACAUGAAGGACGAGCCUGUUCAAAGAGAACCUGAGCCAUCAGAAAACAACCUGAAAGAUUUGCUGCAGCAGCUCAACAGUAUCCUUGCCGCUAAGCCCUCUGAGAAGCCAGUCAUCUGCCAAGAAGAGGCAGAGGAUCCUGCAUGUAUUCCCAUCUUCUGGAUCAGCAAAUGGGUGGACUACUCUGACAAAUAUGGAUUAGGCUACCAGCUCUGUGACAACAGCGUGGGUGUGUUGUUCAACGAUUACACACGUAUGAUCAUGUAUGCCGACGGAGACAGUCUGCAGUACAUUGACAAGACAGCAGCUGAAUCCUACCUCAGCAUACGCUCUUACCCUGCUGCUCUCAACAAGAAGAUAACGUUGCUGAAAUAUUUCCGCAAUUACAUGAGUGAGCACCUGCUGAAGGCCGGCGCCAACAUUGCGCGGCGAGAAGGAGACGAGCUAGCACGGCUGCCUUACCUUUCCCUCUGGUUCAGAACCAAGAGCGCCAUCGUCCUGCACCUCACCAACGGCACCGUUCAGAUCAACUUUUUCCAGGACCACACCAAGCUGAUCCUGUGUCCACUGAUGGGUGCAGUGACCUACAUUGACGAGAAGAGAGAUUUCCGCACCUACAAGUUGUCUCUGCUGGAGGAGUUUGGCUGCAGUAAGGAGCUGGCCAGCCGCAUGCGUUACGCCAAGCUCAUGGUUGAGAAACUGCUGGACAGCAAGCCUUCCAUCGCCACGCAUUAGACCACCCUACACCACAUCUUCCAAUCACUCUGUCUUUAAUCACUGGCCACUUCUUCCUGUCUGCCAGUUUGAGGACAGAACAGACACUUAAAUUCUCACAUUUUAUUGAAGAGUGUAAUGAUUUUUAUGUCACCUUUUUGAGGCUUUGACAUGUACCGUGAAAAUUCAUGUCAUGAAUGUUGAAGUUCAAUCUGAUUUUUAUCCUUUCCCCUGCUGUUAAUAAAAGCUCUGUCUUUAACUUUCUUACUCUUGAUGAACACGUACCUGCUGACGUAAUCUAAGAUGGCUGGAUCGCUGACGGCACAGCAGACGAGUUGACCCUGUACGUUCCGCUGAAUCUUAGGAGGAAAAGGGUGUUUUGUGUUCCCGGUGUUCAAACUCAUCUUGAAGUUGAAUUCCCAGAUUCUCUCUGCUUGUUCUUGCUUUUUUUUUUUUUGCAUUUGUUCAUGUAUCAGUCAUGGGUUUACACCUGAAGCUGAGUGGACAAAUGUGUGGUGGGGAUUGAGACUCAGGCUGGCUGGCUGGAUGGGUGGGGGGGAGGGGGCUUCUCUGGUCUUCUCCAGUUUGUCUGUUUUUAUCUGUGUUGUAUGUAGAGAAAUGGACCAUGUUAAUACGUCUUCAUCAUGUACAUUCUUCCUGUAGUUACUUUUUACGCUUUUAAAGUAUAUUUUAGGUGUCUUGUCUUUUCCAACAAGAUGUACAAACUUGUACAUACUGCUGAAUAUCCGUACAUGUUGUAAAGAUGGUUUGUUUACCCAAGGUUAAAUAAAGAGUCUCUUGAACAAGA